CCGGACGAUGACGUCCCGUGUGUGCGACGUUUCAGGUGGCGGCCAGAGACAGAAACGGAGACAGAGACAGAGGCAGAGCGGCUGUGGAUCAGAGAUGGAGUCUGGACGAGAUGCUCCAGGGUCUGGAGUGAAGUCGGUCAGAAGAUCUCCUCGUCUGUCUCCUCAGGGCAACAGCAGAACGAAGGACGAGAAGAAAGGAGGAAGCAGUCUGCAGGAGGUGAAGAGGAGAGGAAGGAUGGAGAGGAGCAGAGAGGAGACGGACGAGGAGCUGAACAGCAGACUGCAGACGCUGGACCUGUCCAGCAGGUCAGCAGCCAGUGGGACAGGUCUGGUUUACUCUGAGACCUUCACUCAUCAUAAGAACCUGUGGGAGCCCAGUCACGUGGAGAGUCCAGACAGAGUGACGUCCAUCGUGAAGGAGCUGGAGAGACAGGAGCUGCUGUCUCGCUGCGUCAGAGUGGAGCCCAGAGAGGCGACAGAAGACGAGCUGCUUCUCGCUCACCUGAAACAUUACGUGGAUGAGAUGAGGUCGACUGAGCUGAUGUCAGAGAGUGAGCUGCGCUCUCUGUCUCAGAAAUACGACUCUGUUUACCUUCAUCCUGAGUCCUUCCGUGUGUGUGUGUUGGCAGUGGGUUCAGUCCUCCAGCUGGUUGAUCAGGUGAUGACCUCUGAACUCAGAAAUGGAUUCGCUGUCAUCAGACCUCCAGGUCAUCACGCUCAGGCCAACGAGCCCAACGGUUUCUGUGUUUUCAACAACGUGGCGAUCGCAGCUCGAUACGCUAAGACCAGACACUCAGUCAGCAGGGUGUUGAUAGUGGACUGGGACAUUCAUCACGGACAGGGCAUCCAGUACCUGUUCCAGGAAGACCCCAGUGUCCUGUACUUCAGUGUCCACAGGUAUGAGCAGGGCUCCUUCUGGCCUCACCUUCCAGAGUCUGACAGUCAGUUUGUCGGCAGUGGACGAGCUGAAGGAAGAAACAUCAACCUGCCCUGGAACAAGAUGGGGAUGACUGACGCGGACUACAUCGCUGCUUUUCAGCAGCUGCUGCUUCCUGUGGCCUACGAGUUUCAGCCUCAGCUCGUUCUGGUCUCUGCUGGAUUUGAUGCUGCAGUCGGAGAUCAGAAGGGGGAGAUGUGUGUGAGUCCUCAGUGUUUCCAUGUUCUGACUCACAUGUUGAUGAGUUUGGCUGAAGGUCGACUGGUUCUCGCUCUCGAGGGGGGUUAUAACCUGCAGUCGACAGCAGAGGGCGCUGCAGCCUGUGUCAGAGCUCUGCUGGGAGGAGCCUGUCCUCCUCUGGCUCUGCCCACUUGUCCGUCUGACAGCGCUCUGCAGUCCAUCUCUCAGACGGUCUCUGCUCUCUAUCCACACUGGGCCUCUCUGCAGGUUCUGGAAGGUGGCCCAUUGGCUGAGGGCAGUGUCAUUACAGCAAGAACCAAUGAGCAGAGCACAAAGCAGACCAGCCCCGCCCCCUUUGUUUCCACAACAACAGGUCUGGUUUAUGAUGAGAGGAUGAUGGAGCAUCUGAACAUGUGGGACAGGCACCACCCUGAGCAGCCUCAGAGAAUCUCCAGAAUCUUCUCCAAACAUCAGCAGCUGGGGUUGGUCCAUCGUUGCCAACGGAUACCAGCUCGCUUAGCAACAGAGGAGGAGCUGACCAUGUGUCACAGUGUGCAGCACAUCGAGCAGGUGAAAGCGACAGCAGUGAUGAAGCCCAGAGAUCUGCACAAACUGGGACAAGAGUUCAACUCCAUCUACAUCAACAACCAGAGCUUCCAGUCUGCCCAGCUGGCUGCUGGGAGCUGCUUCAGUGCUGUGGAGAGGAUCCUGACCGGACAGGUGAGCAACGGCGUGGCCAUCGUCCGUCCCCCCGGUCAUCACGCUGAGAGAGACUCUCCCUGUGGUUUCUGUUUCUUCAACACGGCAGCGCUGACAGCUCGCCAUGCCCAGAAAAUCUCCCAUGAUGCACCGCUGAGAGUACUCAUCCUGGACUGGGAUGUUCACCAUGGCAACGGGACACAGCACAUGUUCGAAGAUGACAACAGCGUCCUGUACGUCUCCCUCCAUCGCUAUGACAACGGGACAUUCUUCCCAUCUUCAGAGGACGCCGCCCCCGACCGGGUUGGUGUUGCCGAAGGGGCCGGGUUUAACGUCAAUGUGGCGUGGAGUGGGGGACGGAUGGGUGACUCUGACUACCUCGCUGCGUUUCACCGUGUCGUCAUGCCAAUCGCUACUGAGUUUAACCCCGGGCUGGUCCUAGUGUCGGCCGGGUUCGAUGCAGCUCGGGGGGAUCCGCUGGGUGGAUAUCAUGUGACCCCUGAGGGAUACGCCCACCUCACACACCUGCUGAUGUCACUGGCCGGGGGGCGGGUCCUACUCAUACUGGAGGGAGGUUACAACCUGUCGUCCAUCUCUGACUCCAUGGCGAUGUGCACCAGUGUGUUGCUAGGAGACCCUGCUCCAUCCCUGGUGACGCCCCUCCCCCCUCCUCAUCACAGCGCUGUGACAGCUAUCAAUGAGGUCAUUCGACACCACGCCCCCUACUGGAGGUCACUGAGGAUACACAUCCCAGAGUCUGUGCGGGCGUCCCUGUCCUCCCUGAAGCAUCGUGGGAAGCGUAGUUCUAAAGGAAAAGGCAGGAAGUCAGAGCAGAGCGGCACAGACAAACGUCCUCUGCCGUCCACAGGACCAGAGGACGUGACGACGGAGCUCAGUCUGGACCAGCUCACUCAGGGAUUGGCCAGUUUGGGCAUCAGUCAAGCCUCACCCAAUCACACUCCUGCCCCGUCCGCUCCAGUGGGCGGGGCCAGACCAAAGGUCCGUCUGAGUUCGGAGAAGGUCACCUGUGAAGGUGAAGUGAAGGCGGAGUCCUGCGUAACCAUACCUGAGCAGAGCCAGUCAGCAGACAGCAGCCUGCCUCAGGCUCAGACUGUUGCCAUGACAGCACCAGAGUCGGUCGCCGCUGGAGAUGAGGCUGCUGGUGGAAAGGGGGCGGAGCCAGAGGCAGAGGGAGCGUGUGGUUGGUCUGUGGAGCUGAUGUGUGGAGGACAGACGGACGAAUCCACUCUGUACGUGGUGAACCCUCUGUCCUGGUGUCCUCAUCUGGAUGCUGUUAAGCCCCUCCCCCCCUCAGGUAUAGAUGUCUUCUUGCCGUGUCAGGACUGCGGCUCUGAUGCUGAGAACUGGAUCUGUCUCACCUGCUACAAGGUGUUCUGUGGUCGUUACGUUAACAAGCACAUGGUGAGUCACGGUGCUGUGUCUGAACACCCGCUGGUUCUGAGCUUCUCUGAUCUCUCUGUGUGGUGUUACCUGUGUGAGGCCUACAUACACAACCAGAUUCUGUUUGAAGCUAAAAACGCGGCUCACUGUGCCAAGUUUGGAGAGGAGAUCCCUCCAUGGAGCUGAGGAGGAGGAGGAGGAGGAGCGUCUCUUUUUCUGUCUCUCUUCCUUCAUCAGCAUGGGAUUGGACAGUUCAGUGCGUUGCCAUAGAUACCAGCAGCAGUGGUGCUACGUGGGAAAUGUAAUUGAAUCUAGCAACGUCUACAGUGUCCCACAAGUGCCAAAAAACAAACUCACAUUCAAAAACAAAAGAAGAAGUGAUGUUUGGUUCAUCAUCAUCAUCAUCAUCAGGCUGUCAGGUCAGUUCCCUGAAAAUGUGACCAACCACCAGCAGACUCUGGUUUUAUUUUGGACAAAAAGCGACAGAUGAAAGUGUGAGACCAGAAAACAAAGAUGGCGGUUUGAGGUCGCAGGAGUGAUGAUGUCACGGACAGGCCACGCCCACAAACAACAGCACAGCAACACAGGUUUUCAAAUGAACUUUUGAGUUUGAACCUUUCUGUCAUCUGCUCGUUUCAUCCUCAGUAUUUGUUGUAAAUAUUUGUAAUGUUCCUUUAACUGAUCUGAUCACGUGAUCAGCUGAUGGAUCAGGGUUCUCCCAGGGAGGAGGGGGAACCCUGAGGGGUCGGGGUUCUCAUAAGAAGAAUCCUGGUUUCUUCAUUCUGUGCAAAUUUCCAUCAAACCUCCUGCUGUGGUUUUCUAAUGUGAAGGAAAACAAACACACCCUCACACACAGUGUACACACCCUCACACACAGUGUACACACCCUCACACACAGUGUACACACACACACACACACACACUCACACUCACACACACACACAC